UAUACUUAUGUCCAAAUGUAUACUUAUGUACACUUACGUCCAGUAGUGAAACCAGGUGAUUGUUUCGUCACUUGCCAAGGAUUCGGUAACCCAAAAUGUGAAGGUAUACAAUGCGAUGUACCACUCUGCCCUCCUGGAUCUAUAUUGAAGCUCAAAGAUAAUGCUUGUUGUCCCUCAUGUGAGCCAUUCGGUAAUCCACUGUCACAUUAAGGAUAGAGAUUGUUGUGCAACCUACCAACCAGUUGAUAAGUAAUAAUAAAUCAAGGGAAUAUUGGAACUAUCAGAAAAAAUGACGUAUGGAAAAUGAAAAAUUACCAAUAAAUUAAUAAAUUAUGACAAAAUUUAA